AUGGCACUCAGACUCCAAAGCAAUUUGUUAUACGGAGUCACUCGUGUGUAUGGCGAGCAAUGCAACUUUGUCCUAAAGGAUGCACAAGUGGAACAAAACAAGAUCCGUACUCUACUGCGCUCACUGCAUGCGGCACCCAUUGAACUCGACGGCAAGCACAAAGCCAAGUACGUCGUGUUCCUCUUCCGAUGUUCGGACGACCCAAACUUUAUACCCGAACUCGCUUGGGGCAUCGACUUUGAUCCUUUCCAUGAUGUCCUCGGUUUCACCAGUGGUGAAGGCUCGUCUCAGAGAUCAAGCCUCUUGUCACCUCAUGCCGCCACCUCGAGUGCUCUGGGCUCUGAACAUAUGGACCCAAACUUGGAUCUCAUCAUUCCUCCUUCCUCCUCGGCUGGAGGAGGUGGAUUUGGUUUUGGGCUUGGAGGCGGAAGUGUGGUUGGCUCUGAUCACAACAGAGGCUAUAGCCGUUCCCUGUUCGGCGCAAAUGAAGAAGGACUCCUCCCCGAACUGGAUCUAGGCCUGGGCCUCGAUUUCGACGUCGAUGGCAACAUGGUCGACGCUGCUGCAGCACCAGGCGGUGGAAGAGUAGCUUCAGUACACACGCCUGCACCCGUUAUUCGCGAUGGUGCCUUGCCAGACUCGAACGCUGAUAGAGAUGUGGUCAUGUAUGACGACGACCCUCUUCCGAUAUAUCAAGACGAUGUUGAUAUGCAAGAUGUCGAGCCUUUUGCUCCACGCACAGCAGUCGCUCAACAAGCAGAUCUCGAUGAUACAGCCGCUCCACAAGGAGAAGAAGCACAGAGCCAAACCUCAUCCACUACGGCAUCUGCUCCAGCCGUACGCACCCGUGUCCCGAAACCACUACCACAAGACCAAGAACUCGAGCUCCACAACUCAGACCUCCAAAACUGGGAUCGCGAGUACUUGGACAAUCAAGUUCGAGCCGCUCAACACAAGCUUCAGAACAAGAGUUUGGUCUUGGCUCGCAAGAAUGCAGACUUUUGGGUCUUGCAGAAUGGGAUCGGUGGAUUGGGUGCUGUGUAUCAAGGAGCGGAACAGCAUAUGCCAGAGCCAUUGAGGUUGUUUAGUGGCAAUGCACUCCUCGUAGCACUGACAGGCAUCCAACUGAACAUAGCAGGAACAAAGCACCCCAGAGAUGUUGACUCCAACCAAGAUGACCAGGAAAGACGUGUUCGCUCCCGCAGCGACGACGAUGAGGUUGGCAGAGGUGCAGAUGCAAACGACGCAGCUGCUUUCGAUACCGAUUUCUCCCUCUUCGGCCCCGCCGCCGCCGUCCCCACCCAACUCGCCAAUACCUCUGACUUCCUCACCGCCACUCUCUCCACCGAAUCUCUCAAUUUCCUUGCAUUCGUCAAGGCAGGAAUCGCCGAGCAGCAAGCCAGACAGGAAACCACCAUUGAAGCCAUUGCAUCUGUUCUCGACGUCGAAGAUUCUGGAGUAGCUGACGAGGAAGCAGCUACUGUGGGGUUUGAAGAGUUGUUGGCGCCCGAGAGUAAUUCGGGGGUUGUUGGCGGCGGAGCAGGAGGUAUCGUUUGGAGGGAUUGA